GGUUUUUCACGCGGUGCCGGCUUAACCUUCAUUGGCUAGUGCGCGGAGAGGGUGGAGUUCGGCAUUCACCCCCUGACAUGGCCGAAGGCAGCAGCUGGCGACCGCCGCGCCCUUGCGAGACCUACCGCGCGGAGUGGAAGCUCUGCCGCAGCGCUCGGCACUUCCUGCAUUACUACUACGUCCACGGCGAGCGGCCGGCCUGCGAGCAGUGGCGGCGCGACCUGGACAGUUGCCGCGAGUGGGAGGAGCGCCGGAGCGCCGAGGCCCAGCAGUCCCUCUGUGAGAGUGAGCGUGCGAGAGUCCAGGCUGCACGAAAGCAUGCGCUGGUGUGGACCCUGAGGCAGAGCCCCCCUGCAGACUGGCAUCUCCCUCUGCCACCGGAGGAGAAAGACAAGUGACAAGCACACCUGCAUGCCUUACUCCGGUCUGUUUCAAGUGGGGCUGGUGCACAACGCUAAGGACAGUGACUGGCCCAAACAUUCUAGUACGUGGGAGCUUCUGCCUGGCUUGGAACAUGGAGUCCAACAUAUCCAGCCCUACUUGCCCACCCCUGACCUAUGUUCAGGGUGCCCCACUGCUUCUACACUCUGGAUGACAAUUUUGCCCACAGCACAGCUUCCAGGAAGCCAAGCACCAUUGCAAAUUGCUGUUAGCAGCCAGGUUGCACUGGUUCAUGUUCCCCCCUGGCAAUAACAGCACAGGCGAUGGCUGUCCUGAGGUCUAGAAUUCUCAGGUAAACUCUUGAAUGGUAGCUGUGUCCUAUGUGGACACAGAGGGGUCAGCAUGAGGUAGCUAAAUGGAUGUGCUGCCAUGAACACUUGAUCCAGCCCUGGCUUGGUGAUGACCAUGCAUUGCCAGCCACUGGUGCUUGCACUUGGCUAUGGCCCACUUGCUCAGUUCCUCUGUAGACAGAGGUGGGACAUUAUCUCUGGACCAGCAUGCUCCAUCUCCUAGGCACACAGGAGGUGAGAUUCUGGCUUUUAAGAAAUGCACACAGCUACAGAACACACCACCUUGCAUACAAAGGGUUCAUGGACUCGGCUUAAGAGACUCAAGACUUAGGGAAUUUUGGCCUGCGAACCUUAAAAUUUCCCCUGAUCAUUUUUAGAAAAUGUAGAAUAUGUCAAAAGCCAUUUAGAUUCCAAAGAGAAGCUGAAAAUUAAAACCACAAUUUAAUUGUUGAAAUUGUUAGAUUUCGCAUCUGACAUUGUGCUCGGACAGUUAGAAUUUUUUAUGCUUAGAUUCCUGUAAAUGUUUUAAGUCUGUAUGUGUAUGAACCAACAAGAACGCUAGUUUUUGAAGAUGUCUCAUUACCCAUAAAAUGAUUUAGCAUCUUAUGACUUCAUAGGAGGCCCCAUUGUAGGGUGCUCAGGGUCAGGCCAGCCCCAUGCCCCAUGCCCCCCUGCUCUCUGGGCCCACUGGGUCUUAGUACCACCCUCAUGACUGGGCCCCAACCUGGCCACAGGUGGUCGGUCAGGCAUCUUUAACUCAUUCUUUGGGACAAAAUAAUGUAUGACUUGAGGGCAUACAUAAAGAAUAAAAUGUCACCUUAUGUACAUUUCCUCCUGUGUACUCCUGUGAAUGCAUGUGUACCUGAGUGGUGGGGGGUACACAUAGGACCCCAGAAGCCCCUCCCUGUGUGUGUGUGUACCUAUGAGUGGUAGGGGAGCACAUAGGACCCCAGGAUCCAAAGAGUCAGGAACCCCCACCCCAGGGGGUAGCCUUGAUGCGUCUGAACCAGCCAGAAUAUCUCCAUUGUGGCUGUAGCUGCUUUCAUGAGCAUUUCUGAUGUCUGGCCAAGGAGGAAAGAGGGAAGGCUGCUAGAGAUUUACAAGCAUUCUCCUUCCUCAAUCUGAAACACAUGGAAGGGACAUUUGAAUUUUGUGAUUUGCAUGUGAUGCCUGAACUUGCAGCAGCUUCCUUGGGACUCCUGGGGUGGGCAGGAAAAGCCUGAGAGCAGCAACCAACACAGCAGUCCCGAGGUGCUCACCUCGUGGGAGCCACAGUCCCUGUCAUCUGCUUAGGGCUGGGGGUUCCCUGCAGCUGAAUGCUGUUUUAAGAGGUUCUAUUCCUUCUUGGCUACUCAGAGUCCCACGUUGAGAUAAUCAUCACUCUGGACAGAACAGUCCCGCAUCUGCUCCUGUGUUCACCCCUUCACAACAUCUGAGCACCGGCUACAUGCUGGGUGGGGUUUGAGACUCUGGGAUCAUAGCCUUGCAAUGGAUAAGUUUCCUUCAAAGAACUGCAGUUGUAGGAAUAGUAGUUUAGGGGACCGACAUAAAUAUUUAAACAUGAAAUGAAGGUCUAAAAUGAUGGUAAGUGCUAUGAAGAAAA